AUGGCGGAAGACAGAAUAUCCGUCUCUGCCCUUGCCCUCUUAGCUGAACAGGAUCCGCAGCAACUCCAGCUUCGUGCUAAGAGCCUUCGAAGCUUGGAGUUUGCUGCCGGCGAUUCCACGUAUCAUGCUGCCUUCCGAGACACCAAGUUUCAGACUCUGGAGCGCCUUGUACUUGAUGCGUCGGAUCAGAAUGAGGAGCAUUUGUUGAAGCCCUAUCUCCAAUAUGCUCUGAAAGCUUUCAUUUUCUUCGGAGGACCGAUUUCUGAUCGGUUUUUGGAGACGCUUCAGGAAUCUUGUCCACAGCUGGAGGAGCUUCUAAUUGACAAUCCGCGCAACUUAAUAUCCCCAGAGGGGUUCCUGAACUUCCUUAAAGGCGCCAAUUGUUUGAAGAGAUUAACAAUCAUGUACGGCAUGGAUCGGGUUGCUAAUGACGACGUUUUCGUCGCUCUCGCCACCCGCUCUGAUCUGCAGUCGCUCCAAUCUCAGCACACGAUAACUGCAGAGCUCAUAUCCUUGGCCGAAAGACAGCAGAUCAAUCAACAUGGUGAAGCGCGGCUAUUUCCCCGUCUCGAAAAGCUCGUUUGCACGGCAACUUUUGACGGGUUCGUUCGGCUUCUACCUCACUUACGCCAACUCGCCCACCUAGAGGCUACCAUUAUAAGUGACGGGGCAAAUUCGACCGGAUCGCAUACCUUACUUCAAGCCAUACCCGCCUCCAGUCCACAUUUACGUAUUCUCAAGCUAGAAUGCUCGGUGAUGGAGCAAGUGUUUAUCAGCCCUAGCGAGCUAGUCCAUCUCGCACAAGGACUUCCGCACCUUCAGCAACUAGAAAUAUCAGGCCGUGUACGAGCUCCCGACCUGGAAAGCGACCACAUGUCCCUGAUUUCCGAGGCUUUGCCUGACCUCAAAAUCCUGCAUCUUGCAUUCGAGUGCUCGUUGACGGAGGCCGCACUUAUCGAACUUGGCCGAAACUGCGGUAGCCAUAUGGCAGACUGCGAGCUCUGGGGAUCUUAUGCCUUGCAAAAUCUUGAAGGAAGCGGUGUAUUCUUUCCUGUGUUGCGGGAUCUUGUGCUAGGGAGAUUGGUGCCGCCAGCAUCCGGCAAUGCUAAUAGCCAGGCAGUAAAUGCUGCCCGGCUGAUGAAAGAAUUGGCACCUAAUCUCAACUCGUUUGACGUGGUGACCGAAGACUCCUUUUCCACUUUAGUGUACGAGUGUUGGACGGGUUAG